AUGCCAAACACAUCACUGCGGCGCCCGCAAAAGGGAUACCGCCGCGGCGGCAAGGUCGCCUUCCACGGCGGCCGCUCCACGAAACCCCGAACCUUCGAGGCCUCCUCCCGCGCCGAGGCCACCUCCGCCGACGAGCGCUGGGAGCGCACCCGCCUGGGCAACACGAUCGACGAGGCCAUGGGCUUCGCGCGCCACGAGGGCGGCGGCCGGCGGUGCAAGGGCUGGCUCGUCAACCGCGCCGCGCUCGACUGGUCCUUCAUGGAGGACGGCGGCGCGACGUUCAAGGCGACGGUGGAGUACGAGCCCUACUUUCUCGUCGCCGUCAAAAAGGGCCGCGAGAGCGAGGUCGAGGAGUGGCUCAAGCGCGUGCCCGGCGACGGCUGCGUCAAGACGAUCAGGAGGGUCGAGAAGGAGGACCUGAAGGUGCCGAACCACUUGCUGGGCUACCGGCGGCCGUUCUUGGAGCUGCGGUUCCUCAACGUCAACGACUUGCUGGCGGCGCGCAGGGACAUUAUGCCUAUUGCGGCGAAGAAUAAGAAGAACGUCGAUGUGAUGGAGGCGUAUGCAGAGGUUGCCACGGCGAAUGGCGACAUUGACCUUUUUGACGAUUCACGAGAAGACGAUAGACGAGCGAAUGCUUCUUUUGCCGAUGCGAGCGACUUUAUUGUCGAUAUCCGAGAGUACGAUGUGCCGUACCAUGUACGAGUAAUGAUUGAUUUGAAUAUACGAGUGGGAAAAUGGUACUUAGUGGACUCAAAACACGGCGUCACAUCGAUCAUCUGCAACGAGGAGCGACUAGCCAUGGCCGACCCCGUGGUCAUGGCCUACGAUAUCGAGACGUCGAAAUUGCCCCUGAAAUUCCCUGACGCCGCCACGGACCAGAUCAUGAUGAUAUCGUACAUGAUCGACGGCCAGGGUUUCCUGAUUACCAAUCGCGAGAUUGUCUCUGAAGACAUUUCAGAUUUCGAAUACACGCCAAAACCCGAGUACCCAGGUGCAUUCAUGAUUUUCAACGAGAAGGACGAGAAGAAUGUCAUUGAGAGAUUCUUCGAGCACAUCAAGGAGGCCAGACCAACUGUCAUUGCAACGUACAACGGUGACUUCUUCGAUUGGCCCUUCGUGGAAACGAGAGCCAGUUUCCAUGGCAUCGACAUGUACCAGGAGAUUGGCUGGAAAAAGAACAGCGAGGACCAGUACCAAUGCAGCUAUGGCGUGCACAUGGACUGCUUCCACUGGGUCAAUCGUGAUUCAUACCUGCCACAAGGAUCGCGAGGUCUGAAAGCUGUCACAGUCGCGAAGCUCGGAUACGACCCAGACGAGCUUGACCCAGAACUCAUGACGCCCUAUGCCGCUGAGCGACCGCAAACCCUGGCAGAGUAUUCUGUUUCCGAUGCUGUUGCAACCUACUACCUGUACAUGAAAUACGUCCACCCGUUCGUCUUCUCCCUCUGCACGAUUCUGCCGCUGGGCGGCGAUGACACGCUGAGGAAAGGUACCGGCACACUUUGCGAGAUGCUACUGAUGGUGCAGGCGUACGAAAGGAAAAUUGUGCUUCCAAACAAGCACAUGGCGCCAAAAGAGGCCUUCUGGGACGGGCACUUGCUCGAUUCCGAAACUUAUGUCGGUGGUCACGUCGAGAGUAUAGAAGCUGGUGUGUUCCGGGCCGACAUACCAGUCAACUUCGCCGUGGACCCAACAGCAGUGGACGAGCUGCUCCAUGACCUUGAUUCAGCACUACGAUUCACCAUCGAGGUCGAGGAGAAAAAGUCCAUGGCUGAUGUCGAGAACUACGAGGAGGUCAAGGCACAAGUAGCCGCACGACUACAGGCUCUCAAGGAGACACCAAAUCGCAUGGAGCGACCCCUCAUCUACCACUUGGACGUUGCUUCCAUGUAUCCCAACAUCAUGACGACUAAUCGACUGCAACCCGACUCCAUGGUCCAGGAAUCCGACUGUGCGGCUUGCGACUUCAACAGACCGGGCAAGACCUGCGAUCGACGUCUGCCAUGGUCGUGGCGAGGAGAGUACAUCCCUGCGAAGAGGGACGAGUACAACAUGAUCCGAAACGCGCUGGAAAGCGAAAAGUUCCCUGGGAAAUAUCCCAACUCGCCCAUGCGACCGUUCCAAGACUUAUCGCAAGACGAACAAACGGCUCUCAUCAGGAAACGUCUGCAAAUGUAUUCGCAGAAGAUCUACCAUAAGAUUCACGACUCCACCAUCAUAACCAAGGAAGCCAUCAUUUGCCAGCGAGAGAAUCCGUUCUACAUCAACACGGUGCGCGACUUUCGCGACCGUCGUUACGACUACAAAGGAAAGGCGAAAGUCUGGAAGGGGAAAACAGAGGCCCUCAAGUCAUCUGGAGCAAGCUCUACUGAAGUUGAAGCCGCGAAGAAGAUGAUCAUCUUGUUCGAUUCGCUACAAUUGGCGCACAAGGUCAUUCUCAAUUCCUUCUACGGCUACGUCAUGCGAAAGGGUUCGCGAUGGUACUCGCUCGAGAUGGCUGGUGUCACAUGCUUGACGGGCGCGACGAUUAUUCAGCUUGCUCGUGGUCUUGUCGAGCGUCUUGGUCGUCCAUUGGAGCUGGAUACCGACGGUAUCUGGUGCAUGUUGCCUGCCACGUUCCCGGAGAACUUCUCGUUCAAGAUGAAAGGCGGAAAGAAGGUCACUGUCUCGUACCCCUGUGUCAUGUUGAACCAUCUUGUCCAUGCCAAGUUCACGAAUCACCAGUACCAAACCCUGGUUGACGAGAAGACGUUCAAGUAUGAGACGCACAGCGACAACUCCAUCUUUUUCGAAGUCGACGGUCCGUACAAGGCUAUGGUCUUGCCGACUUCAAAGGAAGAGGACAAGAACUUGAAGAAACGUUAUGCUGUCUUCAACGACGAUGGGAGUCUGGCAGAGCUCAAGGGUUUCGAAGUCAAGCGCCGAGGUGAGCUAAAGCUCAUCAAGAUCUUCCAGCAACAAAUCUUCAAAUUCUUCCUGGAAGGCACAACGCUGGCCGAGUGUUACACGGCCGUUGCAAAGGUGGCUAACCGCUGGCUCGACAUCCUUCACAGCAAGGGCGCAUCGCUCGAGGACGAGGAGCUGAUGGAGCUGAUUUCGGAGAACCGAAGCAUGUCCAAGACAUUGGAGGAGUACGGCUCGCAGAAAUCAACAUCCAUCACAACGGCCAAGCGCUUAGCCGACUUCCUGGGUGAACAAAUGGUCAAAGACAAGGGUCUGAACUGCAAGUUCAUCAUCUGCGCAAGACCAAAAAAUGCACCUGUCACAGAACGAGCCGUGCCGGUAGCAAUCUUUUCUGCGGAGGAGCAGACGAAGCGGGCGUAUCUCAAGAAGUGGCUCAAAGAAGAGCCCGCUGACACUGAUCCUCGGGCUCUUCUCGACUGGGACUACUAUCUCGAGCGUCUGGGCUCCGUCAUUCAAAAGCUCAUCACCAUUCCUGCCGCACUGCAGAAAGUCCGGAACCCAGUGCCUCGAGUGCCUCACCCCGACUGGCUUCAGCGCAGGAUUAAUAUCAAGGACGACAAGAUGAAGCAGAAAAAGAUGACAGAUAUGUUUACCAAGGGACCCCUUGAAGACAUCACAAACCUGAAUGGACGUGGUGCAGAAGAUAUGGAAGAUUUCGGAACGAAGCUGCUCAAGCCCAAGACUGUAACGUCCCUCGUUGCGGCAUCGCAGUCUGCAGCAACGUCGCAAAAGAGAAAGUCCCCCGAACCGACAGAGUCACUAGAUCCUUUCGCUGCGUUACCCAAAACUAUGCCUUCGCCUUCAGAGAACUACCCUGCCUUCCUCGAGUAUCAGAAGCAGAAAUGGAAGAUCCAGAGACAAGCACGCAUCCAACGACGCAAACUGUUUGGUGACAGACGCAACAAUAUGCAGAGCAAUAUCCAGACAACGUUCAUGCACCAAGCUCACAACACAUUCACCAACAACUGGCACUUGUUGCACUUGAAAACGACGGAGACACCGGGUGUCGUUAACGCCUACGUUCUUAUUCAUGCCAAGAUUCACACAGUCAAGAUCAAGGUGCCACGCGUGGUGUUCCUCAAUUUGAAGAGUAAUGACAUGCCUGAUGUCGAUAUUGCUGGCUGUGAAGUGGAACAAGUCAACCAUACGCUUCCCAACGGCCACUCAUCAACACAUCUCUUCAAGCUCACGGUGCCUGAGGAUGUUUACUUCAACGAGGCCGACAGCUUCUCCACACUGUUCAACCACCCCAGUGUGGAAGGUGUCUAUGAGAAGAAUUUGCCCCUCAAUAUCCGUGCUGUACUUCAGCUUGGCAACAUUUGUACUGUUGAUGAAACCAAGGAUGGGGUUCUUGGCAAAGGUCUUGACGAGGGCUUCGAUCUUGUCGGGUUGAUGCGACCUCUGAAACCCAAGCCGUAUCUGGAAGCCUCUCCCCUGGCCUAUCUUUACAUCUCUCAGAUCUCCGCGGGCGAACGCCAAAUCUUUGGUCUCUUCUCCACAACCAACAGCCAGGCACACAUCGUCAUCCUGAACAAGAGUAGAGACUCGGGACAAGAGCUACCAAAUGUUUCCAGGAUAUACACGGAUACCCUCAAGCAGCGCGACCAAGAAGCGGAGGGCACUAACUGGCAGGAGUGCUUCCCGUACCAGGAGAAGCUCAAUUUCAAGAUCACCCAAGUCACGACACGGAGGAAACUUCACCUUGAACUCGGCGACAUUGUCAAGAAGCUGCGUAAGGACGAGGUCAAACCGCUGAUGCUCGUCAUUCAAUCAUCACAACGGAACCAUUUGAUCUCGGAAGUACCCGUCCUCAGUGAAUUCCCCGUCCUAGCUUUGAAGUACGACACGACCGACAGCUCGCUGCCGCCCCUCGGCUGGCAGACUGUUGCAGCCAGAAGGCUUGUAGGCCAUUACCUUGGUCUGGGAUCAUGGGUUAUGCAUCUCAUGUCUCUCGCGAGAUACGGCGAUGUUCCACUUUGCAACCUGGAAAGGGACGACCCACGCUUCUUGAUCGACAUUGCCUACGCCAGACGACUUCAAAACAACAAUGUUGUCCUGUGGUGGUCCGCCAGCCCACGUCCGGAUCAUGCUGGUUACGAAAAGGACGAUGUCACGGGUCCCCUGGAAACAGUUUCCAUGCCGAACGUCAACAAACCCGGCACUUUCGCUUCUGUCUGCAUCGAUCUUGAGGUCCGCAAUCUGGCCAUCAAUACGAUUCUGACCUCCUCUUUGAUUAAUGAUCUUGAGGGCGCUGACUCUGUGUCUUUUAACCCUGCCGCGGAGGCUGGAGCAAACGCUGAUGAGGUCAUCUCGUUCGAUAAUGCGUUCGCCAACGCAGGAGUACUGGUUCUGCGAGAGAUGGUCAAGGCGUGGUGGGUAGAGGCCUGCAAGGGCAACACCAUGGCCGAUGUCAUGGUGCAGCAUCUUGUGCGUUGGGUUGAGAGUCCUGAUUCCUUCCUCUACGACCGCGCACUGCACUACUACGUGCAAAUGAUGUCGCGCAAAGCCUUCCAACAGCUUAUGGGCGAUUUCCGCAAGGUCGGUAGCCAAGUCAUCUUUGCCAACUCGAAUCGUCUGCUUUUGCAGACCACGAAAGCUGAAGUCGGAACCGCGUACGCCUACAGCAACUACGUCAUCAAGUCAAUCAAGAGCAAGCCCCUGUUCCACUUUAUUGAUCUCGAGAUCAAGGAGUACUGGGACUACCUCGUCUGGUAUGAUGAGUUCAACUAUGGAGGCAAGGCGUGCCAGGAGGUCGUCGAGGCGGACAACCAGAACCUCGAGACGAUUAUGCACUGGCAAAUGUCUACCUUCCUUCCCGAGCGUCUUCAGCCCAUUUUCCAAGAAUGGGUCAUUGAGUUCAUCAACCUCAUGCACCGCAACAAACGGGCCUUUGAUAUUGAGGACUUCUCCACCCAGCGUCUGACCCAGCUACCACCCUCUCGCAAAGACCCGAACGACGAGAGUGCCCUCCUUCUCGGCAAGAGCUUCGAGAAGCCCCUUAAAAAGACCAUCUCGAACCUUCUCGCUGUUCAGAAGCGCGAGCUCCUCCACCCCGAACUCGCGGGCGACUAUUCCUUCCCUGUUCUCCCUGGAUCCCAUCUCGCCACCUAUACCGACGGCGCCGGUGCACGCUCCGGCCCGCUUCUCGAGCUCGUCAAGUCUCUCAUGCAAGUCCUCAGCCUGGACCGCAAUAUCACGCUGGAGGCGCGUCUGCUGCGCAAGGAGCUCCUCGCCAUGUUUGACGUCCGCGAGUUCUCCAAGGGCGCGACGUUCCAGAACCCGAGCGCCAGCCUCAAGAUGCCGCAGCUCAGCUGCGACGUGUGCACCAUGGCGCGUGACAUGGACUUCUGUCGCGACGCCGACCUGCUGCCCGACCAGGGGCAGACGCACAAGCCUUGGCGGUGCGGGUUCUGCGAGGCCGAGUAUGACCGCAACACCAUCGAGGAGAGGCUCAUCGCGCAGGUCGAAGGGUUCGCCGUCGAGUGGGCGAGCCAGGACGUGCAGUGCGAAAAGUGCCGCGCGCUGAGACUGAAUGAGUUCAUGGAGCACUGCGUCUGCAGCGGCGCGUGGGUCGAGAGCGUGAGCCGUGAAGACAUAUUGAAGAAGGUUGCAGUGUACGGAAACGUGGCCAAAUUUUACGGCUUGAGGAUGUUGAAGGAGGUGGUCGAAGGCUUGAAGGCUGGGUUGUAG